GUUCGGCAAGCCGGUGUUAUUUCCCGGUUGCAAAGAAGAAAGCUGUAUAUUUGUCACACACGGGUGGGGAGGUGACUUUUGAAAGAAAAAAAAGGAGGGGGGUGGGACCCACCUGUGUCGCUCACUGCCUUUGUCCUCGUAGUGGAGCCAACGACCCUUCCCGCACACGCCAUCAACAUCACGCAUGGACAUAAGACGCACUUCAAAUUAGAUUUUUUACUAAAAAGCAGAGAAUAACAUGGAAACAAAUGGAAUUGAGACCAUUCACGGUAUGGAUGGAGACACUUAUAUCCAGUUCCUCCUGCAGGGCGGAGAUCUUCUCAAGGUCCGUUCCGCUUCCUGGAAGAAAAAUCGGUACUUUAAACUCCAAGAUGACUGUAAGACCAUGUGGCGGGAAUCAAAAAGAAUCUUCAAGAGACACAGGUCAUUUUCCAUUGACAACAUCUCUGAUGUGCGAGCGGGUCGUCAUACGGAGGGAUUGAAAAAGUACACAGACCAGCAGGUGGAGAAUUGGUGCUUCUCCAUUGUCUUCAAGGACCACCAUAAGAACUUAGACCUCAUGGCCAGCAGUGAGGAUGAGGCCAAACAAUGGGUUAGCAGCCUUCAGAAACUCAUCAGCAGCAGAAACAACCUCAACCAGCAGCAAAAGACAGAACACUGGAUCUUCAGCUGCUUGAACAAAGCAGACAAGAACAAAGAUAACAAGCUGAGUGUGUCAGAGAUCAAGAGCUUCCUGCGUCUCAUCAACAUUGAUGUGGAUGACGACUAUGCAGACAUGAUCUUUGAGAAAUGUGACAAAUCGAAGUCUGGAUACCUGUUUGGGGAGGAGAUCAAAGAUUUCUACGACCUGCUGACCUACCGGGAAGAAAUCGACAUCAUCUACCAGGCGUAUGCCCGCUCGGCAGGUGUCAUGAGUACGGAGAACCUGGUGGAGUUCAUGCUGAAGGAACAGAGAGAGAUGACAACAUUGGAUGACGCACACAAGAUUAUUGAGAAGUUUGAGCCGGAUGAAAAAGCCAAGGAGAAGAAGGUGUUGACCAAAGAUGGCUUCCUCAUAUACCUGCACCAUCCUGAUGCCUUGAUCCUCAAUCCAGAGCACACGGAGGUGUACCAGGACAUGAGCCAGCCUCUCAACCACUAUUUCAUCUCCUCGUCACACAAUACCUACCUUCUGGAGGAUCAACUCAAAGGACCAAGCAGUACCGAGGCCUAUGUCAGGGCUCUGCUGAAGGGCUGCCGCUGUGUGGAGUUGGACUGCUGGGACGGAUCAGACGACGAGCCGGUCAUCUACCACGGCUACACGCUAACCUCAAAGAUCCUCUUCAAAGAUGCCAUUAAAGCCAUCAAGGAAUACGCCUUUGAGACAUCGGAAUACCCGGUGAUCCUCUCCCUGGAGAACCACUGCAGUGUGGAGCAGCAGAAAGUCAUGGCCCGGCACUUGAGCUCCAUCUUGGGCAGCGCGCUGGUCACCUCUCCCCUCGGGGAUGCCAUGCCCACAAAGUUUCCAUCUCCUGAGGAGCUCAAGGGCAAGUUCCUGAUUAAAGCCAAAAGGUUAAACAAACUUGAGGCCACUUUUGCUCCAGACCUGGCGGAUGUCGAGGAGUCUGAAGUCACAGAAGAAGAAGAAUCAGACGAUGAGGAUGAACCGGUGGAGGAAAACAAAAAAAAGAAACUGAAGCUAGCAAAAGAGCUGUCCGACAUGGUAAUCUACUGCAAGAGUGUCCACUUCAGUGGUUUUGAGGAUGCCAACCUGAGCUUUUACGAGAUGUCGUCCUUUAAGGAAAAAAAGGCCUUUAGACUUGCAGAAGAGUCAGCAAAUGCCUACGUCAAUCAUAAUGUGGACAAGCUGAGCCGCACCUACCCGGCCGGCUCCAGGACCGACUCCUCCAACUACAACCCGGUGCCUCUGUGGAACGCUGGCUGCCAAAUUGUGGCCCUCAACUUUCAGACAAGCUGCGAAGAGAUGGAUCUAUACCAAGGCAAAUUCUUCGUGAACGGGAAGAGCGGCUACAUCCUGAAACCCGUCUACAUGAGGAACAGAGUCACAGAGUUUGACCCCAUCACUCUGGCCCGAGGAGAGUGGCUCAAGCCCAAGACGCUUCACGUCAUGGUGAUAUCAGCGCAGCAGCUCCCUAAAGUCAGACAGAAGAAAUCCUCCAUUGUUGACCCGCUGGUUAAGGUGGAGGUGCACGGAGUGCCGGCUGACGUGGCAGUGAAAGAAACCAGCACCGUUGACAACAAUGGUUUCAACCCACAAUGGAAUGAAAACUUCCAGUUUGAAGUGUACGUACCAGAGCUUGCCUUACUGCGCUUCCUCAUCCAGGAUCACGAUUCCACAUCUGGAAAUGAAUUUGUUGCACAGUACACACUUCCACUCAACAGUUUAAAGAUGGGCUACAGACACGUGCCUCUUCUCGAUAAAACCGGCCACAUUGUCCCUGCGGCUGCACUCUUUCUUCACAUCAUGGUCGUUGAUGCGGAAUGAAACUCCACAGCCAUCAUUUAGCCAUUGUAUUCAAUUUUUUAAUUUUUAAAGUAUAUUUCUUUGUAGAUCAACUUAUUGAGCAAUGUUGUUCCAGUUGAUUGAGCAGAUAAAUGCUAGUAUCUAUACUGCAAGUUAGACAGGAGCUGUCAUGAAAAUAUGUAUGGUAAAAACCUUGCAGGGACUUGUUUUGCUCUAGUAGUGUGAUAAUAGGUCCACAAAGUCUUGUUUUUAUUCCAGCAAUUCAAGGUAAACAAGACAAUGGAAAAUAAUGACUACAUUGUCAUGUAUGAUUCAUUUUUCUUGGAUCAGAACUUUUUUUUUUUUUUUUUUAAAUAACUUUUCAACA